CCCCACCCGCUUCCGGCCUCGGCUCCGUUCUCCCGCCUCCGCCUCCGUCGCGGCUCGUGGUCGUCCCGCCAUGGCUCUGUCGCGGGGGCUCCCCCGAGAGCUGGCCGAGGCCGUGACCAGGGGCCGGGUGCUGGUGGUGGGCGCGGGCGGCAUCGGCUGCGAGCUCCUCAAGAACCUCGUGCUCACCGGGUUCUCCCACAUCGACCUGAUUGAUCUGGAUACUAUUGAUGUCAGCAACCUCAACAGGCAGUUUUUGUUUCAAAAGAAACAUGUUGGAAGAUCAAAGGCCCAGGUUGCCAAAGAAAGUGUACUCCAGUUUUACCCGAAAGCUAAUAUCAUAGCCUACCAUGACAGCAUCAUGAACCCCGACUAUAAUGUGGAAUUUUUUCGACAAUUUAUAUUGGUUAUGAAUGCUUUAGAUAACAGAGCUGCCCGAAACCAUGUUAAUAGGAUGUGUCUGGCAGCUGACGUCCCUCUUAUCGAGAGUGGAACUGCUGGUUAUCUUGGGCAAGUAACUACUAUCAAAAAGGGUGUGACUGAAUGUUAUGAAUGUCAUCCCAAACCAACUCAGAGAACUUUUCCUGGCUGUACAAUUCGUAACACACCUUCAGAACCUAUUCAUUGCAUUGUUUGGGCAAAGUAUUUGUUCAACCAGUUGUUUGGGGAAGAAGAUGCUGAUCAAGAAGUAUCUCCUGACAGAGCUGACCCUGAAGCUUCCUGGGAACCAAUGGAAGCUGAAGCCAGGGUCAGAGCAUCAAAUGAAGAUGGUGACAUUAAGCGUAUUUCCACAAAGGAAUGGGCUAAAUCAACUGGAUAUGAUCCAGUUAAACUUUUUACCAAGCUUUUUAAAGAUGAUAUCAGGUAUCUGUUGACAAUGGACAAACUAUGGCGGAAAAGGAAACCUCCGGUUCCAUUGGACUGGGCUGAAGUACAGAGUCAAGGAGAAGAAAUCAAUGCAGCAGAUCAACAAAAUGAACCCCAGUUAGGUCUAAAAGACCAACAAGUUCUAGAUGUAAAGAGCUAUGCACGUCUUUUUUCAAAGAGCAUUGAGACUUUGAGAGUUCAUUUAGCAGAAAAGGGGGAUGGAGCUGAGCUCAUUUGGGACAAGGAUGACCCAUCUGCAAUGGAUUUUGUCACCUCUGCUGCAAACCUCAGGAUGCAUAUUUUCAGUAUGAAUAUGAAGAGCAGAUUUGAUAUAAAAUCAAUGGCAGGGAACAUUAUUCCUGCUAUCGCUACUACUAAUGCAGUGAUUGCUGGGUUAAUAGUAUUGGAAGGAUUGAAGAUUUUAUCAGGAAAAAUAGACCAGUGUAGAACAAUUUUUUUGAAUAAACAACCAAACCCAAGGAAGAAGCUCCUUGUGCCUUGUGCACUGGAUCCUCCCAACCUUAAUUGUUACGUAUGUGCCAGCAAGCCAGAGGUGACUGUGCGACUGAAUGUCCAUAAAGUGACUGUUCUCACAUUACAAGAUAAGAUUGUGAAAGAAAAAUUUGCUAUGGUGGCACCAGAUGUCCAAAUCGAGGAUGGGAAAGGAACAAUCCUAAUAUCUUCAGAAGAGGGAGAGACAGAAGCUAAUAAUCACAAGAAGUUGUCAGAAUUUGGAAUUAGAAAUGGGAGCCGGCUUCAAGCAGAUGACUUUCUUCAGGACUACACUUUAUUGAUCAACAUCCUUCAUAGUGAAGACCUAGGAAAGGAUGUGGAAUUUGAAGUUGUUGGUGAUGCCCCAGAAAAAGUGGGGCCCAAACAAGCUGAAGAUGCUGCCAAAAGCAUAACCAAUGGCAGUGAUGAUGGAGCUCAGCCUUCGACAUCCACAGCACAAGAGCAAGACGAUGUGCUCAUAGUUGAUUCAGAUGAAGAAGGUCCUUCAAAUGAUGCUGACAUCAAUGCAGAAGAGAGAAGUCGCAAGAGGAAGUUGGAUGAGAAAGAGAGUAUCAGUACAAAGAGGUCACGCACAGAACAGACAAAAGAGCUUGAUGAUAUUAUAGCGUUAGAUUGAACAGCAGUGCCUCCAACAGAACUCUCUGACUGCAUGGAUCACCCAGCGUCCUUUGUUCCAAAGGGGAAAAGUUGAGCCCAGUGACUUGAAGAUGAUUCUGCUCCCUUUGAAAGCACUCAUUUUGCUAGAACUAUCAGACACAUUGUGGAAUGCUGUAUGGAAGUAGGAAUAUAGUUUUAAAACCCUCUGAACAAAGCGUUUGUAUAACUAGUCAUGAGAAGAAACAACACAAUGCAUGUUGCCUUUUUAAUGUAAAUAUUCUUAGGUAUCAUUUAAUAGUUUAAAAUAUUGUGGUUUAGUAAAGUUGAUACCUGGUUAUAAAUAUUAUGCCUUUAUUUUUGGUUAGAAAAAGAAUUAUUUUUAGCCUAGAUCUAACCAUUUUCAUACUCUUGACAAACAGAUUUAAAAAAGGUAUCAAGUGCUGUAUUGAAACUUGUUUUUAAAUAUGAACUGGCACUAUGUAUAUUGAUGUAAAACAAUGUUAAUUUACUCAAGUUUUCAGCUUGUACUGCCUGGUAUGUCUGUGUAAGAAGCCAAUUUUUGUGUAUUGUUACAGUUUCAGGUUAUUUAUAUUUGAUGUUUUGUAAAACUCAAAUACAACUAUACUACACUUAAUGGACCAAAUAAAAAUGGCCUCUGCAUACUUGUUGUACAUGCCUGCACAGUAUCUGCUGCCUUGUUGGGUUUAUUCAUUGUAUUUUCUGCAGGAAUGGUAAAUCCUUUCUUUUAAAAAAUUAACUUGUGUUGGAUAUGAAGGUUAAAAGAUCUCCACUGUUUGCCAUAAAUGAGUACUUUCUAAAAUAAAGUUUUUAAUGGUGGUGGUGCUUAUUAAAUUUGGAUUGUAAACAGUUGGCCUUUUAUUGAGAAUAUUUCAGUUAUCUUUGGCCAGCUCUUGUAACUUAGAGCCUUGGAUUUGAGAUUUCAGACGGCCAGAGUCUCUCCUGUAUUCCGCAGUCUUCUCUGGAUUGUUCCCCACUUCAUCAGUCCUCCUUGAGUAUAUUUACUAUUCAUUUUGGGCCUAACUCCAGCCUAUAGAUAGGGCCAUAUCUGCUCCAGAUGGAUCAACACGCCCAUCUGCCUAGACCCCAGAGGGCUGUUAGGGUACUCUCCUCACACAGAUGUGCCUUGAGUUUUCAGAUAACAGAAACCCCGGAGGCUGUUGACCCAUUCUCUAUCUCUGCCUUUGGGGUUUUUUGCCACAGUCAACUAAAUUUCAAACUGAUAAUUUAUUGUAUUAUCUCACUUUGUGUAAUCUUAUUUGCCACCCAGGUUAAUUCUUAAACCUUGUUUUGUAUCAUUUGUAAACUCAGCAUGUAAUUAAAGCCUUCAGAAAAGUCAUACUGAACCAGACAGCCCUCGGGAACAAGCUGCUUGACGCCUCCCAGAAGAACUGACUUCCAGCCGUCUGCAAGCUGGAGGCAACUGCAAGCAGGCUGGGAGCCCGUGGGCUUCACUUCGCUUUUAGGUUUUUAGGAGUUUUAUUUUCCUCCAGAAAGAGUUUCAAAAUUACAUGUAACUAUGUAACAUAAAAAAAUAUCCUGGAAUAUCAGAUCUCAAUAAUUUUUGGUUAACUGGACACUGAAAAUCAUGUUCUAUUUUGAAUUCUGAAAAACAGACAUUUGCGUUUUGAAAUUAUCUUCAUUCUUUACAACCUUGACCUGCCUAUUUAGACACGAUUUUGACAGUGUCCAUUUUGUAUAUGUUCUUUUCUUAAUUGAAGGUACAUGGCAAGAAUUGCCAAUUUGAUCUGUAGAAGUGUGUUUAUGUUUUGACAGCAAUGGCUUUCAUUUUUUCAACAACUCUAUUCUCUUCAGUAGUUUCUGUUAAUUUUCAACCUCUUAAAGUCAGUGUUUAUCAUUAAGGCAGAUCUGACUAGGAGUCUUACUCAAUUAGACUUAGCAAAUCCAGGCUGCCUCUACUUCCCUAGAGUAUGGAGACACGUUGGUCUGGCCUUGUAUUUGUGGUUUUCCCAGGGGAAUUGUCUUCUCAGUGGUGAAGCUGGGAGCAGGACUCCAACCUGAAAUACACCUGACAACAUCUCCCAGCCUCAUGGGGAGCAGUCUGGCGACUGAAGUUUACCCAACAAGUCCAUGGCCCCAAAGGUCAGUCUGCAUUACUGAAGGCUUAAGGGAAAGAAUUCUUCAUUCUACCACAAAGAUUCACUGUUUUAAUAGUGUCUGACCCUUAAUGAAAUAACCGAUCAAGCAAAGAUCAGUGGAUGCCAAAACCUUUAGUAAAAGAAUCUUCACUCAGUGCUCAAAUGCUAUACAGAUAACUUGCAAAAGGCAAGUCUUGACAAUGGACGGAUGCCUGUCACUACCACAAUCAAGUGGUCAAACCCGGCAUCACGAAUGGGACAACCUGAUACAUAACUUCCUGAAGAAAAACAAUAGCACCUAGGCAAAAAAAGAAAAGCCCGAAUCUAACCCAGUAUCUAGACGUAGUUUCCAGCUGACUGGAAACAGAGGGGUUAGAGAAACCCAUUAACAUGAGCAAACGAUCGGACCAGUACACAAUGUGGAUCAUACUAGAAUUCAAGUGCAAAAUAAAUGGCUAUAACUAUUCUUGUGAUAAUUGGAAAUUUUAAAAUGAAAUAAAUUAGGUGAUGGUGGAAUUAUUUUCUUAGAUAUGAUAAUCUUGUGUAGGACUGUCCUGAUUUUUGAAAUAUUAGGGAUGAAGCUCUGUAAUACAACUUUUACAUGGCUGAGCAAAAUAUAUAAUACAGGAAGAAAAAAAGCAAAAUUAACAUAGAAUCUAGUUGGGACUUACAUUGUUCAUUGUAUUAUCCAACUUUGAAAACUUUCAUAAAAGUGGAGAUUACAUAUAGUCUAUUUUCCUUUUGUGCCUAUGUGACUUUCAUGUUUCGUAUUGAGUAUAUUCUAUGAUUGAAAUCAAGAAGGCAAUAAAGGUUAUUAAAAACAA